AACAUAUAUAUAUAUAUAUAUGAAAACAUAGAUAAGCCACGAAAACAGAUAGAUAGCUAUGACAACUGAUAUAGAUCAAUAGAUAGAUAGAUAGAUAUGAAAACAUAUAGUUAUAUAGACAGGUAUGAAAACAGAGAUAGCUACAUAGAUAAGAAGAUAUAUACAUAGGUAUGAAAACAGAUAUAUAGAUAUGAAAUUCAAUAUAGAUAGAUAUUAAAACAGACAUGUGUGUGUGUGUAUAUAUAUAUAUAAACAGAUAUAGAUAUGAAAACCAAUAGAAAUAGAUAUGAAAAAGAUAUAUAGAUAUCUAUGAAAACUGAUAUAGAUAGAUAUUAAAAACAGAGAGAGAGAGAGAGAUAGCUAUGAAAGGAUAGUGUGGGAGAGGCCUUAGCUAGACACAAGCCGAGCAUCUAACCCUGAAAGCCCUGUAUGGCCAAGAUGGCUGCCUUAAUGAACGCUCAUCCCAAUGAAGUCUCUCCGAGGGAGGAAGAGGCCCAGAAACGGAGAGCCAGGCCCUGCCUCCAGAUGCGGCUCCCAUCCCUAUUCCCUCCGCAUGCAUCAUCCAAUGCAAUGUUGGGGAAGAUGUUGAGAGACCUCACAUGGAAGAAGGGUUCCUCAAACUGAGGGAGAUGAUCCGUAUGGACAUCUUGACAGCUUCCCUUCCGGACGCACCUUUCUUAGAGGAGAGGCAGGAUUAUGUAAUAGAGGAAACCUGGGAUUUGAUAGAAGCAUAUGGAAUAAGGCCAAACAAAUUGUAGGAGUCUGUGGCACGAAGGGGAUCGGGGUUUAUCCCGUGAAUAUCCCAGGAAAUGGCGGGAUUAAACAUAACGCACAAAACCCGCUGUGAAAGUGGUCACAAAGAAGCAUCAACGCGCAUCUUUUCACUUUUGGAGUUUCAGCGGCAAUGCAUUUCCGACGCAUGGCUUUAUUUGCGCCAUUGCAGGAUGUCUGCCUCGGACCGAGUCGUGGUGGUCCUGGGCGGCGCUGGCACCGUUGGUUCGGGGAUUGUCAAAGCGCUGCUGGAAAAAGGUUUCCAAGUUGCCGUAAUUUCCCGGGAUGAAAGCCGACUGGAGAAACUGAGGCAGUUUUUGCCACCUUCGGCCUGCGAUCGCCUCCAUGCGCUCGUUGGGGAUGUAGGGUCGGAGGAAGGGGCCGAGGACGCCAAGGGAGCCCUCCUGAAGGCCGUGGGGAAGGUGACGGACGUUGUCUCCUCGCUGGGCUUCAGCUGGUGGCAAGGAGGACCCCCGCUUUCUCAGUCCCUCAAAGAGCUGCACCGGGUCUUGGACACGCUCCUCCUUAGCACCUUCACUGCCUGGAAGGCAUUCUUUCCUCUGGUCAAGGACAAUCCCAAUGGGUCCUACACCUUCAUUACAGGAGGGGCUGGUGAGCGUCUCCUGAUGCCCGGCACAGGAUUCCUAACCCUGGGGGCUGCCGGAGCCCUGGCAUUUUCCCUCAUAGUGAGGGAGGAGUACCCAGACGUCCCCUGCAAGCUGAACGAGGUGAAGAUCAACAUGGGGGUGACCACUCCGGAGCGCCUGGGCCCAGGCUACGUGAGCCACUUGGAGGUGGGCAAAGCAGUGGCCUCCUUGGUGGAGAAGAGAGCCGUCUCCCACACGGUGCUGAGCGCCGUCUCUCCAGCCGACCUGAAGACCCUGGCGCUGGAGGGGAAGAUCUGAGGAUCCACCAGCUGUGACCCUUCCCUUCCAUUGACCCCUCUUGUCCUGAUCCUCUGUGGGCUCUCUCAAGCUAGGUAGGGAAAGGGGGCUUCAUGUUGCCUUGAGGUAGGUUGCCAAGGGGUGGGCCGGGGGCAUCUUACCUUAGUCAGAUCCUUAUGCUGGACUAGUGGAAGAUGGAUCCUUUCACGAGGCCACUAAUGGGGCCAUCUCUUUGCAGUAUGGGUCAAACACAGGAAUGCUAGAUAAGGGCCCAGAUCCUGGUGCAAGUUCACUUUCUCCUCUCUCCUUGUACGCUUACCCUUCUCAUUUGGUGCUGCCUCCCACCAUGGCCAUUUAGUGGACAGAGGAAGACGGUCAAGCAGUGACCAGAGGUAAAUCUAAAAGGGGUUCCCAUACCUUUAGUGGCUGUACAGAAGAGGGGCUGUGCCCUUGGGAAUGGCCUGUGGCCCAUUUGGCUCAAAAAGAAGGGCCUUUCCAGAUGCCAACAGCUUUGCAUGUCCUUGCCAUAACACGGUUCCUGCUUUGGGGCAAUUGUCAUAGUCUCCUGCAGCUUUUAAUAAACAUUUUCAUAUAUUUAAUAAACCUUAAA